AUGCUCGAACUGAAAUUGCUUCGGACCAAACCGGCGAGCGUUAAAGAAUGGCUUUGUGUUGGGGCAGCUAUCGGCGCAAUCUCGUUGUAUCUCACAUAUGGGGCAAACGCUCGACAACUCUGUGAGUUUCUAACUCUCACUCCAGCUGUGUUUGUGACAGUGCAAGCCGCAGAUUUUCUUCAUGACGGGACAAUCAGGAAACUCAUCACUUGGCAUUGGGCUGGAAAAGUGCUGUUCCUUCUCGGAACUCCCUUGCUUGAACAUCUUACUGGCUUUUUCGUUUUAGAAGCACUCCAUCUCUGCCUACUUCUUGCCUACAUUGCUUUAAAAAUCGAGACGCUCAAACAACGACAUCCCAUUUUCUCGUCAUCACCCCUCAAAGCAAACAAUGUGAAAGACGUUAAAGUGAAAAAUUCGGAAAGUGAUAAAGACACUCGCGACACGACACUUUCUCUGGCUGAAAAUUGUAAUACACUAGUUGGAAGUGCUAGAAUCUUUACGGAUCCACCAUCAGUUCUUGCUUCUGAAAUUACGCUCAAGGAACACUACACAAAACAUGACUGCAUUGAGGACGCACUUCUCGAGUCUUAUACCAACGAAUUGAGCCAAUUCACUGUUCACACGGCCACUCCAUGGGGCGACUAUUCAUUAUAUAAAAGAUUUGGCAAAGCCUACGAUAUUGUUAUGGGACACAUUUUGAAACAAACGCCUAUUGAGAUUCGAGCCAACGGUUUUCAUCCGUAUCCACAGACGCUGCGUUUACACAACACCCUUGAUGUCGUAAUCUUGUUUGCAAUCAAAGCUGAUAUGCUCGAUGGAUUGGAUGCAACCCCAUUUUGCGGAAUUGUCGAACCAUCAAAGAGCGAAAAUAUCGAGCUGUCUCUUCCGGUGGGGCCUUGUGCUUGCAAUCUCUCAGUUGAUGUGGUGCCACUUUCGGAUUCUGCUCCUCAACCAACUCGAUUUUCCAGGGAUUUAUUCUUUGCCCGCACUCCUAUUAGUUUUCCUGUCCGAGUCCAUGUGGAG